GGAAGGGGGGAGGCGGAGCCAGCGUCCUGCUGCAGCUGUCCAUGAUUGUGUAGUGGGAAGCCAGAGAGGGUCCGGGUACGUGCGAGAUGCAGCCAUAGUCACGCCACACUGUCUAAACAACUGUAACCUGCUGGGAUCCAUCGUGUUGCAGCGCAUCAGAGCCGACUGAAAGACGUGAGACAUCAUGGCUGAGCACCAGAGGCAACGCUCUCUGUCCACCGCUGGUGAGUCUCUCUACGUCGUGUUGGGAGUGGAGAAAGUAGCCACAUCAGAUGACAUUAAGAGAUCUUACAGGAAACUGGCGUUGAAGUUUCACCCUGAUAAGAAUCCUGACAAUCCAGAGGCGGCCGACAAGUUCAAGGAGAUAAACAACGCUCAUGCGAUUCUGAAUGACCCCACGAAGCGUAAUAUUUAUGACAAGUAUGGUUCUCUGGGACUAUAUGUGGCUGAGCAGUUUGGAGAGGAGAAUGUUAACACUUACUUUGUCCUUUCAAGCUGGUGGGCGAAGGCUCUGUUUGUUUUCUGCGGCCUAGCCACUGGCUGCUACUUCUGUUGCUGCCUAUGUUGCUGCUGUAACUGCUGCUGUGGCAAAUGUAAACCACGGCCUCGAGAGGGCCAGGAACAGGAAUUUUAUGUGUCCCCCGAGGACCUGGAGGCUCAGCUGCAGACUGAUGAGAGAGAGGCUGGGGGUGACCCUAUAAUGCUGCAACCGUCGGCAACAGAGACGACCCAGUUAACAGCAGAUGGGCACCACUCCUAUCACACCGACACCGGCUUCAACUAACCCUCCGUUCCCCCGUCGAUCCUGGCCUGCGGUCCUGCCUGCUUCCCUUCUCCACCUCCAGCAAGAUGAAAGAAAGGGGCUAUCCAUCUUUCCACUUCAGAAAGAAGAGCCAAGCGGAGGAGAGGGACUAGUAAGCAUGGCCCAUGAAAGGAACUAAUGAAGUCACAUCCCUUAACACCCCUCCCCUGAUUGGUCCACAACCUAUUCUCUCUCCCCCCCUCCCCCCUCAGUACAAGAAGAAAAGAGAAACAACCUAAGUUUCCUUUUUAUCUCUUCUUUUGUAUUUCUUGGCCUUUAACCGCACAGGUCGCCUACCCCCACUUUCCCUUCUCCCACACUUUGCAUCAUGGUGUAGCAUGCACUGUUUAUAAAACAUGGUCUCCAAAUUUUCUUUAACCUUUUGCAACAUUUAUACUUUGCAAAACUCAUAAUGUGGGUGCAUAAGUAUGUGCAAUAUGUUACGGAGGAGGUGGUGGAGGGGUAAAGUUUACGUGAUAUUUUAUUCUGAAGGAAAGGAGAGCCAUGGCUCAGGGAGGUGCUGGUUAGAGAGAUGUGUUUGUUUGUGAUCAGUGCCAUCAUUAAACCUUUGAGAACAGAGUCGUCAUAUAUAUUAGUGCAAUGUUCACUUCUGAUUCGCAAUCAAUGCCCUUUUAGUUGCAAACGCCACCAGCCACUGUCAGACCCACAGUACGUCUUUGGCGCUGUGUUUGUUUGUCUGUAGUGUGCUCCCCUGAGCGUUUUUAAUAUGAAUCAUGAGGUUGUUAAGGCACAGAGCUUUAUUUGCAGACAUUUUUUCUUUCGAAAAUGCCUGCUGACGUAACAUUUCUACUUUAUUAAUUAGUAUUGGCUUUCCAUUCCUCUGCCUCAGCUUUAUUUCAGCUCAUCUUUGCAGGAUGGGGACUACUUCCCUGUCGUUCCUGCAGCACUGAACAGGUCGUUGUGACCGUUGUUUUCAAGGUAAUUUUUUUUAUGUUGGUUCAUAAUUUCUCGCAUUAUACAUCUAUUUCUUGCAGGUUUCAGCCCAGGUUGGAUUAGAUAUAGUGUCCCGAUUUUACGAUGAGCUAUUGCUUUCAGCCAAACCUAACACGAAUUUGUUUCAUUUUUAAUUUUUGUUGCUUUUUCGUCACAUAGGCAGUUACAUUUGAUAGAUAAAAAAUGUUGACCUUGGAUUCAGAAAUUAGAAGCUUCAGCUUUUAAAGGAAUCUCAUACAGAAAAAUCUGAUAAUUAACACUUAAAUUUUGUAGUUUUCAUUUGAUUAAAUUUUGGUAAAGCAACUAGGUUAUUGGAAUAAUAUGACUUGCUGCUCUUUAUACCAAUCUCAAACGUAAUAUAUUUCAGAGACGUCACAACUAAUUGAGACUGAAAGAUAUUCAUUUCAUCUAAUUAUCACAGUUAUUUCUGGUUAAUUAUUGAUCAUGCGAUAUAUGAAGCCAAGGAGCUCCAGGUAAUCCAGCCGGCUCUGAUGAGAGCUGUCGGUGGGUAGAGAAGACUCUAUCAGCAGCCGGUUCAGAGCGUGACAUGUUUUUAACUCUGAGCUGUCUUUUGAAUAUGUUAAGUAGUUAAUGUGAUGUGGAAGAAAAAAAAAAACAUGUUACACUCUUCUUAGUUGGGAAGAAUCUGAUUUUCAUCAUGUUUUUCGUCUUUGUGUUUUGAACUGAAGUCUGAUGACAUUUCGUCCGAUGCUGUGAUCGUUUAUCAUUGUUGACUUUUUGAAUCCGUGUAGAGUAAGAAGCUCGUCAGGCAUAUCAUCUGUGAGCUACAGGCAGCUCCAAGACAAAUGAUUUUUCAUACUACUGAAUUUGCAUAUAUUGCCACACAUUUGCAAAUUGCCAUAAAUUGCCAUGAACAUCUUUGCCAAUUUGUCCGUUUCAUAAAAGGCUAAUAAUGUGUUUCAAUGGUUUACAAUUGGUGAGCUCCUGUUGCCCACCCUCUGCUAUUAACGGUAUGGAUGUUGACCUCUGUGGCCCGUGUAUGAUGUUUCCUGUAACCCUUGAUGAAACAUAGAUGUUCCUGUCAUGGCUUUUUCAUUGAGAUACUGAAAGAUGCUACUGUAAAUGUUCUAAGUUGAAUGCACUGUGUGUUUAAAAAAAACAAAACUAUAAUGGAUCAAUGAUCAGGAAGUGACUCCAUGAAAAGAAAACAUAGUAUAUAGUGUAACUAUAGUGAAAUGGUUAUAUGAUGCAUUUUUGGAAUUUUAUUUAUUUCAUACUUGAUGAUGGCUAUUAUUUUAACUGGUAUGGUGUUGUAAUGUAACCAUUAAAUUUAGCAAGGAAUGGUUUAAUGGUUAAGGUCGCUUGUACAUACACUUGGCCCAUAUAAAGUAUAAACCUUAACGUUUAUGUUGUAGCAUGGUAAUUGUGUGUCUGGACGAAAACAAGUGGAUCAUUGAUCUGAUUUGCUGUUGUUGAAUAAAUGUUCCUGAACAUUU